AAUUUUGUCUCAAAUUGUUCCGAACGCAGCAGCAAAGCAGCGGGAGUCUGACGGCAGUCGUCGCUUUCCGCAUGAGCUAGAAUCACGAAUCACAGUAUACGAUAACCUGCCCACCGCUUCUCGGCCAUCUUUGCUCUUGCUACCAGAGCUGGAGCAUCGAUUAGCACUUCGAACCACCAUCCACCUCAUCCACCAUUUGCUUGGAACCCACCUCAUCCCUCCGCCUCAUCGAUCAAGAUGGUCAAGCAACGCGUGCUCAUUCCCGGUGGAGCCGGAUACAUCGGCUCUCACGUCGUGCUCUGCGUCCUUCUCACCCGUCGUUACAAGGUGACCGUGCUGGACAACUACCACAAUUCUUUCCCCACUUCCCUGGAGAGGGUCUCCAAGAUUGCUUUGGAUGCCCUUCCCGCUGAUGCGUCCGAGGAAGACAAGGAAGCUACGAAGAUCGAUGUAAUCAAAGGCGAUCUCAGGGAUAAGAGCACUGUGGACUCGGCAUUCGCAAAGUAUGCCGACAAGAGCGCGGAUGACAAGAUCUGGGCCGUCAUCCUUGUUGCUGCCCUCAAGGCUGUUGGCGAGAGUGGAGAGAUUCCGAUCGAUUACUACGAGGUCAACAUUUCAGGCCUGAUCACCCUCAUUCGAGCUAUGCAGCAGCACAAGGUCACACGUCUCGUGUACUCGUCAAGCGCUACUGUGUACGGUAUUCCCAAGACCAUCCCUAUCCCAGAGACCACACCUUUGGCAGCUGAGAGCGUUUAUGGACGCACGAAGCAAUUCAGCGAAGUCAUCAUCAAGGAUGUAUGCGAUGCUUAUCCCAAGGAAUGGAGAGCCAUCGGGUUGAGAUACUUCAACCCCGCUGGUGCUCAUGCAUCUGGUCUGAUUGGAGAGGACCCCAGAGGCAAACCAGGCAAUCUGCUCCCGCUGCUCUCUCAGAUGGCAGUCGGAAAGUACAGAGACCCAGGUCUCAAGAUUUUUGGCAACGACUACCCCACACCGGACGGAACCUGCGUCCGAGACUACCUCCACGUCAUGGACCUUGCGGGUGGUCACAUCAACGCUCUCGAUGCGCUCGAUGAUGACAGCAAAUUCGCCGAUACCCCUACUCCUGGCAAGUACAAGGCCUACAACUUGGGUCGAGGCAAGGGCAUGAGCGUUCUGGAGAUGGUCGAGGCGAUGAGAAAGGUGACUGGCUACGAAUACCCCUACGAGAUUGUCGGAAGACGUCUUGGGGAUGUGCCAGACCUUACUGCUGACCCCACACUGGCCGAGAAGGAGCUUGGCUUCAAGGCCAAGUACAAUCUCGAGGAGAUGUCUCGCGACCUGUGGAACUGGCAGAGCAAGAACCCCAAGGGUUACGAGACUGCAAACUAGAUCGCACUACCCAGGUGCUGUAUUUGAGAGAGGAGAUGCGAAGGCAAGGGAAGUGGUA